AUGACAGCACCGAACGUGACGUAUGGGCCAUCGGGUCUGGAGCCUGCUCGUAGAAUUCCCAACAUUAGGACACUCAGGGCGUUCGUGGGAGGAGAGUGGUUGGACGGCUUCGCCUGGAACCAGAUAUACUACAAAGUCGAAAAGAACAUGUCUGAGUUCUUCGGAGUAUACCUCUUCGGACACCCACAACCACUCAACUACGCAUCUCAAGACGUCGAAACUCUACUUGAUCAGAUCAAGAACGACGCUGGAUGGCAGAACUUCCGCGACCAAAUCGAUAACCUUGUGGCACGCCUCCACGACAUCAAGACAAUGGUCUGCCUGGGAUUGGGCCAGUAUGUCGGACCUCCGAGUACGACGAGAAACGUCUGGAUCGUACAGUAUGCGGUCUUCGUGUACAUGUGGGAGAAGCUCAACCAGAAGUGGCAAACCGAAUGCACAGACAGAGGCGACCCAGUGACUUCAGUCGCAAGAAUCUUCCAGGACCCAGCCAUCGACAAGAGAACCAAGUAUCUACUCCAAAAGAUCCCUCGCACUACAGACCCAGGAUACAAUAAUGUCGUCGAAGUUCCGGAGGCCUUCUUCAUGCUUGAAGCAGAUGAGAACACUUUUGUGUACGCGCCGCAUCUACCGAGUAGACUGAAUCUGGCCGUCUUAUCUCGUAGGCCACAGGUCUUCGUCGGCAACGGCGAAAGAGCCGUAGGCGGGUGGAAAACGGCCAUAAUGGAGGAAUACAUGGAGGAAUGCAAGUUUGAAGGAGUCAACGUCAUUGGUCAGGGAGUCAGAGACUUGUGGGCCAGAGUCUGCGCCGCCAGGCAAACGUAUCUUGAGGCGCCAAUGAACAACGACGGCCCCACGGAUCCAACACACUUCAACGGAACGUCGAUCUUUCUACGCCGGAUCUGA